GGGGAAGCCACGCCCCGGGCCGGGCCGGCGGAACGGAAGGCGGGAAGGCGGGCGGGCUGGCGCCGGAGGCUGCGCGGAGCAAAUGCUUGUUUAGAAUCUGGAUUCUUUCCUUUUAAAAUAAGAAGAAAAAUGCCUUCCCUGGGUGGUAAAGUGCAGACCGUGUUGGGCCUUGUGGAGCCAAGUCAGCUUGGCUGCACCAUGACCCAUGAACACUUGACAAUGAACUACACCUGCUGUUAUGUCCCGCCUUCUUCAGGCCAAGAAGCUUUGUCUGAUGGGCCCAUUGAGAUGAAGAACUUGUUUUGGAUUAAACAGAAUCCCUACAGCCAUAAAGAGAACCUUCUUCUGUGUCAGGAAACAGAUGCUGUAAAGGAAGAGCUAUUACACUAUAAGGCAGCAGGUGGUGGGACUGUAGUGGAGAACACAACCAUGGGUAUCAGCCGAGAUGUAAAGACUUUAAAGAAGCUUGCUGAGGAAACCGGGGUGCACAUUAUUGCUGGGGCUGGGUUUUAUGUGCAUGCCACUCAUUCUUCCGAGACACAAGCUAUGUCAGUGGAGCAGCUUACAGACAUUAUCGUCAACGAGAUACUCAGUGGAGCUGAUGGAACCAACAUCAAGUGUGGUGUUGUAGGAGAAAUUGGCUGCUCAUGGCCUCUGAUGGAGAGUGAAAACAAAGUACUGCAGGCAACAGCGCAUGCUCAGUCACAGCUGGGCUGCCCCAUUAUAAUCCAUCCUGGCAGGAAUAGUGAUGCCCCUUUCCAGAUUAUUCGCAUUCUGCAGGAAACUGGGGUGGAUAUCUCAAAAACAGUCAUGUCUCACCUUGACAGGACUAUAUUUGAUGAGAAGAAACUGCUGGAGUUUGCUAAACUUGGAUGCUACUUAGAGUAUGACCUCUUUGGUACAGAAUUGCUUUAUUACCACUUCCAUCCCGAAAGUGAUAUGCCAAGUGACAAUGAAAGAAUUGCAAGAUCCAGACUAACACGGCUACCCCUUUGAUACUUGACUGCUAGCUACUGAAAAUGAAAAUUAUUGGUAUGCAGGUUUCAAAUGCAUCACAAAAUGGUCCUGCUCACUGCUCAUACCAAUACGCUAAAUGAUGGUAGUUUACUGUUGCUGGUACUUCCAUCUAGUACAAUAAAUAUAGCCCUGUCUCUUACCUAGCUAGGUAUGUAUAAUAGUUGAAUAUCACCAUGUACAGUGGUUGCUCUUUUUUUUAGCAUCCUGGUCUCCAAAGUGAGGGAUUAAAUGUGAUUACAUAAAGGUGUGGCCUUCGUUUAUAGUCAUCCCUGUAUUAGGUGUUAUUACUAUCCAUUGUCUAGUCUAAUUGUAAUGUCUGAUAAAUGGGUAAAAGACUUUGGCCCAAAUUCACCACUGGCCUUAAUGGAGCUGCAGCUGCUUACAUGAAAGGUGCAUUUGCCCCUUUGCUUCCACUGUGCAGCAUGAUCUGUUUAUCCGCUGGGCCCUCUAUCACUUCUCCCACCACCACCACAUUCCCUAUCCAAGGGAUAAAAUUCUUUUCUCUUCAAAACUCUUUAAUGAUCUUCAUGUUCACUUCUUCUUGUUCUCUUCCCUCCUUCUAAUCAGUGUCUCCAAUACCAGUUUGGUUCAAUGAGAUGUAUUAGCAUAGCAUACUGUAUAAGUGUUGCCAGAGGUUACAAAAGAGACAGACCCCUGAGGUAUGUGUCUCAGGUGGGUACCAUCUGCCCAGGCUGGGGCUUCCUGCUGUGUUUGGAGUGGGUUCCCCUGUGUCUACUUGUCAGCAGUGUCAUUCCUAAUCGAGUGGCAGAUUGCUACAUCACAAGAUGCCAUCCCCUCUUUCUCCCAGGGACAGAAACACUUUUUUCUCCUCACUUUUUGAUGAGAAGGUUUUUACGAUUCCUGAUCAUUUGAUGAAAUAUAGGAAAUAUCUUUCUAGCUUUAACUCCUAUUGUGGACAUUACUUUUCUGCCUGGGCUGCCUCUGUUACAUUGGCUGCACAGUCUCUCUUGUCUGGUUUCAGACUGUUAUCUCUUUUCUUUCUGCCAAGUAUUUGUCUGAUUCUGCACUUGACUUUCUCUGUGCCUGAAAGAUCUCUGGUUUUACACAAUAGGAAAUCUUCUCUCUAUAUAUAUUGCUUUUCAGUCUUGCACUCGCUAUCUCAAAUCGUAUUCUGUUGUAACAACAGUUUUUCACACUUGGCCUUUCUAACAUAGGCUUGCAAAACAUUCACCCAGUGCUGCAGUUGUUUUGCAUGUAGAACUCUUAUUGAAAACACUGGGAGCUAUGCAUCCAAAAGGAUUGCUCUACUGGGCCCGGGUAAUGUGUCUGUCCUUAAUCAUGGUAAUAUUUUUUGUCUCAUCCAUAAUAUACCCUCCACCCAGCCACAGCUGUUCCUUCUUAGCUCCCUGGCAUUGAAUGAGUGUGGCAGCAGGCUUUUUAUAAAAAGAAAUACUACAAGAUUGCCUUUUGUUCUGGUUUUGUGUGUGUGUGUGUGUGUGUAUUUGAGUUGGAAAUGCCAUUAAACUGUUUUUUGUACUUUCAGUGUGUUCACGUUUGAAACAUCAUGACAAUGGCAGCCUCCUGUUUUUCUGCAGAUUCCUAAUAGGCUGACAUUUGAUUUGUAUUCCACAAAAAGUAAUACGUAUCAACUUGACCCCUACAUUUGUUUGUACAAGUAUUCAAAGAGAAGAACAUUUUCAAGCAUAUUCAUGUUCAGAUCCAGUACUUACGUAUGAAUUAAUUUACAUACGUGUAUAUGUCUAGUCACACAAAUACAGCUAUAAAUACGUAUGUGUAUGUAUAUAUAAUAUAGGUUUAUGCAAAGAGUAUGUUGAAAAUUAUUUUUUAAUGAACAGACGUAGAUUUAUUGUCAAUUUUUAGGAAAGUUAUGGGGUGGGGGAAGUUGUAUUUCUGGGACUGCCUGGAUCUUAGACUGACCCAGUCAUUAUCUCUGACAUAAUCUCCUUCAAAAUUUUUGUUUAUUCAUUGGUUUGGGGGGGUGUUAUGGCACAUCUUACCUACUCUUUCUUUUAUCUGGUUUUCCUUGCUCUGAUCUGGUGGUUUGGUUAGUACUAAAUUUUGAUUUACAGAUCCAGCCACUGUCAUCUUAUCCUCUAUCAAGUACACAAUCUGGCACUGGCAUGUAGUUUCGGGAUGGAGGACGUACUUGCACUGUGGCAGACCUACAGUAUUUACAAUGUUAGCAUGUGUAUUUAACGAAAAGCCUCCAAUUUGGCACUAAGUCCCAAAACAUACCUUAUUUACCAGAUUUAGACUGAUUAUGAUUUGUACCCAGCUGCAUGCACAUAUCUUCCUAUAACCAAUCUUCUGUAUAAAUCCUGCCCUCCCCUGCCCCAAGCUGACAGUAAGAACUUUCAUAUUGCUAAUGACAAAAUAAUACAAUGUUCCUUGUCUGGGAUCAAAGCACUCUCAAAUAAUGAAAAAUCAAAAUUGCAAAGUGCUAAUAAAAAUGGUAGAAUCGAAAGGUUUAUGUGAAUGAUACGCAAUGAACAAACACCAGUUUUGCUAAUAUUCAUCUCUUCCACUUUAAUGUUGCAAGCUAGUGGGAGCUCAGGAUUCUUGGUAACAUUGUCGCCUCUUAACGCAGCAAGACCUACACCUGGCCAAAACACAUUGACAGUCACUUCUGUGCCAGUAGAGGCUGUCAGAGAAGCAUGCUGAACAACCUUAAGAUAUAGUAGGCGCUUACCAUUAGGGUAUAUCAGCCAGCAGAAUUCUACCUUUGUUCUCUUAGGGGGCAAAUCAUGCCCCCCUCCGCAUUUUGCAAGCGUGGAAGGAGCACGCUGAAAGGAGUGGAACCAAAGUGGUUCUGCUGACUGGAAGAGUCUGGCAGGAUGGAGGAAGGUUCAUGAAGCUGCUUCUGCACUGCCACAGAAGAGGUGAUCUUUGUAGAUCCACCAGUCAAACUUCACCCACAGAGGGAAAGACAUUAGCCACCUGCUUAUCGUGUGUCCCAACUUGGCCCUCUCUCUGAUUGUGCAAAAUCUGUUUACAGGGACUGUGGAAUUAGCCCUUUACACCUGUGAUAUUGCUGACAUUACUUUUUAUUUUUCAGCACUAGCAAAGACAGCUGCUGCUAGACUAGCCAUUUAAUUGACUUUCUCCAUAGAUAACCUGCUGAGGGUGGGAUGUUAUCUGUCUUCAUGGAAAUUGGUGACUCUGAAAGACUUGAAAUGUCUGUAGCCCAGUUAUUCCAGAUGGAAAUUCACUAAAGAAAUGUUAAUAUUUGUGUAAUCCACCCAUACUUUAUUCUGUGAAUAAACUUCAACAAUCUGGGUCAGAUCCUCAGAAGCUUGAUUGACUUCAGCAGGGCUACAGCCAUUUACACCUGUGGUUUUGCUUUUCCCUGUGUGAUUGCAGAAUAAUAAACCAGUAUUGUUAAGAAGGGCUGUUUAGAGUGAGCAAAAAUCCUUCAGGAGAUUUGCUUCUUCAGCUGAAAGACCCAUGGUUGGAAAUUAUCUAAUCCCUGUGCAUUACCAUGUUCUUUCUUUGUGGAAGUCCCUCAAAAAAAGUGUGCAAAUGCAACUGAGCUCUUACAGUUGUGGAAAUGGUUUGUAUUAGGUUAGAGGCAAGAAUUAACCCUGUUAAAUGAUCAUUUGAAGAACACUGUAUGUAGGAAGUGAUUGUUUAGUCUUGUGGACCGGGCCUACUCCUGUUGAAAUCCAUGAUUUUUACCACUGAUGGAGUAGGACUGCAAAACAGUGUAAUAAAUCCUGGCAAAGUGGAUUUUCCCCACCCAUCGUUCCAGAUGUGUGACACUGUCUUGCUUCCAAAGGGAUUUCUUCUCUCUAAAGUGGAUCUAGGAGAGUUUAAUCUUUUGUGUAUAUUUGAGAAACAUGUCUGCUUGUUUCUUUUAAAGACCCUGAAAUAGUUCAUUUCAUUUAUAAUACAGACUAGAGGUAUGUCCCUGUAAAAUAUUUAAAUACUAAUUAUUUCUGUAUUACUUCCAGAAUUGUAUGAACUCUUAACUGAUAGACAUACUUUGUAUUUACUUUUAUGCAGGAUCCGGAUGUUAAUUGAUGAAGGCUAUGAAGACAGAAUUGUAAUUGCUCAUGAUAUGCACACUAAGAAUCGAUUGAUGAAAUAUGGAGGUCAUGGAUAUUCACAUAUCCUCAAAAACAUUGUUCCUAAAAUGCUAACAAGAG